AUGAACCGCACGCUGGGCCCGAGGGCCGGAGGGGCCGGCCGGCCCUACAGCGCGGCCUCGGCCAUCGUCCCCAGCAGCAGCCGGGCUGGCUUCAGCUCCGUGUCCGCGGCACGCUCGGGGGGAGCAGGAGCAGGAGCAGGAGGAGCAGGGGGAGGCUUUGGGAGGCUCGCUGGAGGCGGCGGUUCUGGGGGUGGCGCAGGUUUUGGCAGCAGGAGCCUCUACAACCUGGGGGGCAGCAAGAGGAUUUCCUUCGGGGUGGGAAGCAGCUUCCGAGCUGCCUUCGGAAGCGGGGCUGGGGGCGGGUUUGGUGGUGGUGGAGCUGGCGGCGGCCUCGGGCUGGGGCUGGGGGCUGCGGGAGGCGGGUUUGGCUUUGGUGGCGGUGCUGGGGGGCUGGGCUAUGGCGGGGGGCACGGCGGUGCCGGGUUUCCUGGUGGCCCGUCCGGAGUGGGGACGAUCCAAGAAGUGACUGUGAACCAGAGUCUCCUGGCGCCGCUGAACCUGGAGAUAGAUCCAAACAUCCAACAGGUGCGGAAAGAUGAGAAGGAGCAAAUCAAGACCCUCAACAACAAAUUCGCUUCUUUCAUUGACAAGGUUCGCUUCCUGGAGCAGCAAAACAAGGUGCUGGAGACCAAAUGGACCCUUCUGCAGGAGCAGGGCCAAAAAAAACAAUCUGGCAAGAGCAACCUGGACCCGCUGUUCGAGGCCUACAUCAACAACCUGCGGCGGCAGCUGGGCAACCUGCUCAGCGAGCGGGGCCGCAUGGACGGGGAGCUCAAGAACAUGCAGGACCUCGUGGAGGACUUCAAGAACAAAUAUGAAGAGGAAAUCAACCGGCGCACGGCAGCAGAGAACGAGUUUGUGGUGCUCAAGAAGGACGUGGAUGCUGCUUACAUGAACAAGGUGGAACUGGAGGCCAAGGUGGACGCCCUGAGCGAUGAACUCAACUUCCUCCGAGCGCUCUACGAGGCGGAGCUGGCCCAGCUCAGCGCCCAAGUGUCCGACACUGCUGUCAUCCUGUCCAUGGACAACAACCGGGAGCUGGACCUGAGCAGCAUCAUCGCCGAGGUGAAGGCGCAGUACGAGGACAUCGCCAACCGCAGCCGCGCCGAGGCCGAGGCCUGGUACCAGACCAAGUUUGAGGAGCUGCAGGCCACGGCGGGGAGACACGGCGACGACCUGCGCAACACCAAGGGUGAAAUCUCAGAGCUCAACCGGCUCAUUCAGAGGAUCCGCUCCGAGAUAGAGAACACCAGAAACCAGUGUGCCACCCUGCAGACGGCCAUCGGGGACUCUGAGGAGCGCGGGGAGCUCGCCCUCAAGGACGCCAAGGCCAAGAUGAUCGACCUGGAGGAUGCUCUGCAGAAAGCCAAGGCUGACAUGGCCCGGCAGCUCCGCGAGUACCAGGAGCUCAUGAACGUCAAGCUGGCCCUGGACAUCGAGAUCGCGACCUACAGGAAGCUGCUGGAGGGCGAGGAGAGCAGGCUCAGCGGGCAAGGACUGAACCCCAUCAGCUACUCAGUCAUCAGCUCCAGCUCCGGCAUGGCUGGUGGGGCUGGCGGCGGGAGCAGUUUCGGUCUUGGAGCUGGAGGAGGAGGAGGAGGAGGAGGAGGAGGAGGAGGCUACAGCUUUGGAAGCGGAGGAGGACUUGGACUCGGGGCUGGAGGUGGUCUUGGAGGCGGAUUUGGAGGAGGGAGUGGUCUACGAAGCGGAGCCGGGGGCGGAUACGGCUUUGGUCUUGGCUAUGGUGGUGGAGCAGGCGCUGGCUUUGGCUUAGGAGGAGCCGGUGGUGGUGGUGGCUACGGGCUGGGAAGCGGAUUUGGGCUGGGAGGGCCUGGAUUUGGGGGCCGAGGUGGCCCCGGGUUCCCUGUUUGCCCCCCUGGUGGCAUCCACGAAGUGACCGUCAACCAGAGCCUCCUGGCGCCCCUCAAGCUGGACAUCGAUCCCGAGAUCCAGAAGGUGCGAACGCAGGAGAGGGAGCAGAUCAAGACCCUCAACAACAAAUUUGCCUCCUUCAUCGACAAGGUGCGCUUCCUGGAGCAGCAGAACAAGGUGCUGGAGACCAAGUGGACACUCCUCCAAGAGCAGGGCCACACUGUCACCAGGAAGUCCCUGGAGCCCAUUUUCGAAGCCUACAUCAACAACCUGCGGCGGCAGCUGGACAGCCUGGUGGGAGAGCGGGGCCGGCUGGACUCCGAGCUCCGCAGCAUGCAGGACAUGGUGGAGGACUUCAAGAACAAAUAUGAAGAUGAGAUCAACCGGCGCACAGGCGCCGAGAACGAGUUCGUGGUGCUCAAGAAGGACGUGGAUGGUGCUUACAUGAACAAGGUGGAGCUGCAGGGCAAGGCCGAUGCGCUGGCAGAGGAAAUCAACUUCCUGAGAGCUCUGUACGAGGCGGAGCUGUCUCAGAUGCAGCAGCAGGUGUCGGACACGUCGGUGGUGCUGUCCAUGGACAACAACCGCAGCCUGGACCUGAACAGCAUCAUCGCCGAGGUGAAGGCGCAGUACGAGGACAUCGCCAACCGCAGCCGCGCCGAGGCCGAGGCCUGGUACCAGAACAAGUACGAGGAGCUGCAGGUCUCCGCCGGGAGACACGGGGAUGACCUGAGGAACACCAAGAUUGAGAUUUCAGAGAUCAACCGGAUGGUGCAGAGGCUGCGGAAUGAGAUCGACAGCGUGAAGAAACAGUGUGCCAACCUCCAAGCAGCCAUUGCCGAGGCCGAGGAGCGCGGGGAGAUGGCCCUGAAGGACGCCAAGGCCAAGCUGACCGAGCUGGAGGACGCCCUGCAGAAAGCCAAGGCUGACCUGGCCCGGCAGCUCCGCGAGUACCAGGAGCUCAUGAACGUCAAGCUGGCCCUGGACAUCGAGAUCGCGACCUACAGGAAGCUGCUGGAGGGCGAGGAGAGCAGGCUUGCUGGAGAAGGAGUGGGAGCCGUCAGUGUCUCCGUGGUCAGCAGCUCCAGCGGGAUGGGCUACGGCGGCGGGAGCUGCCUGGGCCUGGGCGGGGGGCUCGGCAUGGGCGGCGGCGGCGGCGGCUACAGCGUGAGCGGCGGCGGCUUCGGGGGCAGCGGCGGCGGCUUCGGGGGCAGCGGCUUCUCCGGCGGGCACAGCUAUGGUGGAGGCAGCUCCUUCAGCUCGGGGAGCAGCCGGGGCGUCAGCUCCAGCACGGGAGGCAGCGUCAGGAUCGUUUCCAAGACCACCACCAGCAAAAAGACCAUCAGAUAAGGCUGGCGAUGUGACCGUCGGCAGCGCCGGCUCUGCCCCGCAGAUCGUGGUGUAAAUAGCAGCUAGAGCCUCCCCUUCCUCCGUCCUUCAGCUCUGGGGCAGCGGGGGGACCAGGGCCCCUCCCUGGGAAUCCGGAGCACCUUUGGCUGAAGCACAGGUUGUAACAGGUCGCGGCUGCUCGGACCCCAGGGUGCCCCUUGUCAGCAAGGCCCUGGUCUCUCCUCAAAUUCGGGGAAAUGGAAGCAUUGUGUGCAACGGCGACAGCCGUGUCAUCCAUCCCAUUCCCACAGCCUUGUGGGACCACAGGCCCAGGUCCUCAGCAGUGGAAACACCUCCAAGAGGCUCUAAAAGCCUCUGCCCCACAACACGUUACAACCUCCAAAGGUUUUGUCUGCAAUUCAAGGUUUCUUCCAGCCCCUUCUGUUUUCUCUGGCACUUGUGGGAAAGGUUUUUGCUUUGUGUGUAUAAGAUUUCUAACUACUUGUCUUCAUGGCUGCAGCCUCCUCACUUCCAUGCCUAACCUACUGUAAGGUCCAAUAAAAGAGCAUUUCUCAUUUUUAAACUGCUGUGUUUUGGCUUUUCUUCC